CUUUUUUUUAAAAAAUUAUAUUAUGGCAGACGUUCAAACAUAAAGAGCUUUUCAAAAAUAAGAAGGCAUUUUCUAAAACUCAAAGAAACUAUUAGCUAAGAAAACAUCAAAGGGAGUGAGAUAUUGGAAAGAAGUAGGUCUUGGUUUCAAAGUACCAAAGGAAGCAAUAGAGGGUCAUUACAUUGAUAAGAAAUGUCCUUUUACUGGAAAUGUUAGUGUAAGAGGAGCUAUAUUAAAGUAAGUGAAACUUAAUAAUGAAUAGAGGUAUAGUAAUUUCAACAAAGAUGACCAGAACAAUUAUUAUUAGAAGAGAUUAUUUACACUAUGUUGCCAAAUAUAAUAGAUAUGAAAAAAGACAUAGAAAUGUACCAGUUCACAUUUCACCAGCAUUUGGACCAGUUAAGGAAGGAGAUAUAGUUGUUUGUGGACAAUGCAGGUAUAAUUUAAAUAAUAAUUAAAAAAGACCAUUAUCAAAGACAGUCAGAUUUAAUGUAUUGAAGGUGAUUCCAAAUGAAAUCAUUGGUAAUGUUAGAAAACAAUUUGUUUUAUUCUGAUUCAAAUUACAUUUGCAUACAUAUAGUACAAUAAU